UCGUGAUUCGGUAUCCGUCUUAGAGACAAUUAGUCAAACACCUGGUGUGUGUGAGCCAAUCCCAGUGGAUUCCAUCAAGAACACGGAUUAAGACACCAAACGACAAAGAAAUAAUUCAUUUUUACGUAGUCUGAUAAGUUCAGCUCCAAAAACGGAGGAUUAAGAAGCAAAGAAACGUUAAAUCAAUUCACUGACUGACAUCCCAUGUUAAGAAAAAGGGGGAAAAAGUUGUAAUCCACUUGCAGUAGUGGUUUCUGAUCUUCUUCAAAGUUUAUUCAGCGUGUUUCUUUAAUGAUUGAAGAAUUGGUGGAUUUAGAUCGCUUGUGGUUCGGAGAUUGGGUGAAUGUAUGAGAAAGACGAAGAAUCUGAAUCUGAAUCAGAAAUGGGUCGAGAGAUUUCGAAUCUUCUACGGCCGCGAUUCCUUAUUAUCUUCUUGAUCGGUUCAGUUCUUGUCUUCCUUGCCUUCUCAUCGUUCUCUGAACAGGAGGAAGAGACAGUGGAGGAGGUGCAUGAAAUUACUCACAGAGUUUUCCUGGAUGUUGAUAUUGAUAAACAACGGUUAGGAAGAAUCGUUAUAGGAUUGUAUGGAGAAGUUGUGCCAAAAACUGUUGAAAAUUUCCGUGCUUUAUGCACAGGGGAAUUGGGCAAGGGUAAUAAUGGUAAAACACUACACUAUAAAGGAAUCCCAUUCCAUCGUAUCAUACCUGGGUUCAUGAUUCAAGGUGGAGAUAUUGUCUUUGGUGAUGGGAGGGGGAAUCAAUCCAUAUAUGGUGGUACUUUUCGUGAUGAAAAUUUUAAGAUCAAACACUCACACCCAGGUAUGGUGGCCAUGGUGAAUUCAGGUCCAGAUUCCAAUGGCUCACAGUUCUUCAUCACUACAGUUAAGGCUUACUGGUUGGAUGGAGAACAUGUUGUGUUUGGCAAAGUUAUCGAAGGGAUGGAUAACGUGUACGCGAUUGAAGGUGGGGCGGGUACGUACAGUGGGAAACCAAGGAAAAAGGUUGUAAUUAGUGAUUCCGGUGAGAUCCCAAAAAGUGAAUGGAAUCGGGAGACCGGAAUCACAACAAAUGAAUCAUGACCAAUGGCAUCAUAUUAGCUUAUAUGUUUCUUUGGGUUUUUAGAUAGCUUGACUAUUCUUGAAGAUAAUAUCUCUCAUAGUCAACUAAUUAGAAACUUUAGAAUUUAGACAAGUGCAAUAUUUAUCUUUGCACUUUGUUACCUAUACAUGUGUUUUUGUAGUUAAUUGGGGUUGAAGUACAAAUUCAUACUAGUCAAAUAGUCAAAUUGCAGCUGAGAAUCCCAUUAGAAUGAGGUAUGGAAUACUAACAGAAUACCAAAGGACUUGUAGCCUGGCGAUACAAGGAGUUGUCAGUAUGGAGCCUAUCAGUCAGUUUUGGUUGAGAGUUUAAGUCCUGUCUGAGACAAAAGUUUAGGAUUUAUGGGUUAUGUAAGUUGGUUUUUUAAAAGGAAAAAAACACAUAGCUAUAAAUGUCCAAACACAAAGAGUCGCCAUGUUUUGAUUUAUAAGCAGGUUCCAUUAAGAAGAGGCCAAAAACAUAUAUAGGCAUGUUAUUUGUGUUGAUAUUUGGUGGAGGCCAUGAUGGAUGUCUCUUUGAUCUCUUUUAUCUUGGUGAUGUGCU